GUAUCAAUUACCUGUCAACAUGUCAACAAACGUUAUAAUCAAAAUCAGCCGUAAUACGUGAAAAUGCAUUUUAAAGAUUUUACCGAUCAUUUUUACCAAUAUCCACAUCAUUUCACGUACUCUCAAAUUCUUCAAAAUCAUAAGAAAUCGUUCGUUUCGUUUGAUAAGAAAUUUGAUGAUAAUUUGAAAAAUACAGAAAAUAAACGAAGAUUUAACGGAAAAAUAUUGAAAAACAUCUUCACGCAAUUAAAAAAUAAAACUAGUACGGAAUUGGAGGAGUUUAUAGAUUUAGACGCUGCCGCACCACAAACAUCCGGUUUUUCCAAAACUCCCAGAUACGAAACUUACAAUUUGAAUGGAGUUUUCCUGUCCAAAUCUACAGGAGACGUAGAAAAAAGAGACGGAACAAUAACUAAUCCGGAAGUAAGGAUUUCAGUUGAUUCACAGGAAUUUGAACACAUAGAGAAAUCGAUAAGAUUCGUAGUAUGUCCGAAAAAGAGAUUGGGGUAUGUAUCAGGUGACGAUAAGGAAAGAAAACUUGAAUUCAAUCUGAAACCCCAAACAUCUUCUAUCUUGAAAACAAAAAUAGGUCCGGAAGUACAAGAAGGGAGAGUAUUUGAAGUAUAUAAUGUUUUAAAAAAAGCAAUAUCUAAUGUUAAAUGGAAAUAUAAGAAAUGUAGAAACUCGCGUCCGACAAAUAAUUCUGCAGGAACAAGUACCGCCAACAACAUAGAAAGAAAUAAACCCAUCGACGAUCAUACGGAACCGAAACACACUUAUUGUAAAUGCGAAAAACUAAAUACGAGGAAAAUCGAAGCGGAUUGUAAUUGUUGGAAUAAGGAAGACGAAACUUUGAUUUGUUUACUAAAAUUAGAAACUAGGGAAAAUUAUAAACAGAUUAAGCACAUAGAACAAGAGCUCAAAUUACAGAGGAAAGCGUUGAAAUUUUUGAACAAUAGAUGUAAGAGCUUGGAAAAUAUAGUUAUGACCGAAGAAAAGAAACUGAGUAGGAACAAUUCUGAUACAGGGGUUCAAGAAAUUUAUGUCAAGGCGUCUGAACAGAGUAAUAAAAAUAGUUUGGAUAAAGAAGAAUUGAAUACGACAACGAAUUUUGAAGAAGACGAAGUGCCUACAACAAUGAAUAACAGCGAAGAUACCGAAGAAGAAUUAUCGAAAAACACGAGAAUCGAUAACGAACAACAAUAUGAAGAAACAAACAAAAAUGUUGAUAACGAAAUAAAAGAAACUCGCGAUGAAGAUGUAAAAAUAAAUUCGACGCAGAAAAUUGUACAACCGGAGCUAGUUUUGAAAAAUCAAUCGACUUCUAAUAUAAAAAUAAUGAUAUCCAGAUCGAGAGUAGUUAUUAAUGCUACUGACGAAGAACUAACCAAUGGUAAAAAAGUUGUUACGAACAAUUUAAAGAAAUUGGAAGAAUCUGCUGUCAAGAAAAACAAUCAUGACAGAAUUUCCUGUCAUUGUAUACAGGAUCCGACUACAAUCAACUGCAUAUGCCCGUCAAAAAAAUCGAGCUUCGUUCUCAAGUUGUUUCGAAAACAAAGCUGCGAUCCAAAAUGUAAAUGUUGUACCACGACGAAAGUUAAUAAGAAAAAAUGCAGAUAUUUUAUAGAAAAGAAAAAUAAGGACAAAUUUAAACCGUCGAAUGAAGUGGCCCAGUCCUGAUUAAGUCGUUUUGUUUAAGUUCUAUAAAAUUGAAUAAAAUGAUAAACAACAAUUCA